AGGACCUGAUCCCUUGCCUUUCUUUCGUUACUCGCGCAUAAGCUGCCACUCGGAGGAGCGGGACCAAGGUCCGCCUGGCCCCUUAAGGGAGAGCCGCCCUCAUUCAAGAUGGCGACUUUAGGCGUCACACCUGGUACGGCGCUGAUUGGAUGAGGGCUGGAGGACUUCCGGGAGAUACCUGUGAGACUGUGGGACAGCUGGAGGCGCUGGCACGUGGGCCGUCCUUAGGGUGGCAGGAUGGAGACUGCCCCCAAGCCGGGCAGGGAUAUCCCUCCGAAGAAAAAUAAACUUCAGAACAAGAAAAAGAAGAGACCGCAGCGAUACUGGGAGGAAGAGAUCACUCCGACCACUGCUACAGCUUCUGCAGAGCCCCCUCCUAACAAGAAGAGGAACGGAGAGCCCCGCCCCCAGAAGCCAAAGAACACUCACACCCCAAAGAAGUCUCGCAUCUCCAAGAAGCCCCAGUUCUUAAAGAAACCCCGAGGACAGAGGAAUGCGGAGCCUCCGCGGAGCGUGUCGGGGGCCCAGGACCCAUUCCCAGGCCCCGCCCCAGUCUCUGUGGAGGUUGCUCAGAAGUUCCGUCGCAUUGACAAAUCCAAAAAGCUGCCACAUUCUAAGUCCAAAACCCGAAGCCGGCUUGAGGUGGCUGAAGCUGAGGAAGAGGAAAUAAGUGUCAAAGCUGCUCGUUCUGAGCUGCUGCUUGCCGAGGAACCUGGGUUUCUGGAAGGGGAGGAGGGGGAGGACACAGCCAAAAUUCGCCAGGCGGACAUCGUGGAGGCUGUGGACAUUGCCAGUGCAGCCAAGCACUUUGACUUGAACUUGCGACAGUUUGGACCCUACAGGCUGAAUUACUCUCAGACUGGGAGACACUUGGCUUUCGGAGGGCGCCGGGGUCACGUGGCUGCCCUUGACUGGGUGACAAAGAAGCUCAUGUGUGAGAUCAACGUCAUGGAGGCAGUGCGGGACAUCCGGUUCCUGCAUUCGGAGGCACUGCUUGCUGUCGCUCAGAACCGCUGGCUUCACAUCUAUGACAACCAGGGAAUUGAACUCCACUGCAUCCGCCGCUGCGACCGCGUCACACGGCUUGAGUUCCUGCCUUUCCACUUCCUCCUGGCCACAUCUUCAGAGACUGGCUUUCUGACCUACCUGGACGUGUCUGUGGGGAAGAUUGUGGCGGCUCUGAAUGCCCGGGCUGGACGACUGGACGUCAUGACACAGAACCCUUACAAUGCCGUCAUCCACCUCGGACACAGCAAUGGCACUGUGUCCUUAUGGAGUCCAGCCAUGAAGGAGCCGCUGGCGAAGAUUCUCUGUCACCGCGGGGGGGUCCGGGCUGUGGCAGUAGAUUCUACAGGCACGUGCAUGGCCACCUCUGGCCUGGACCACCAGCUGAAGAUCUUUGACUUGCGAGGGAAGUUCCAGCCUCUGAGUGCGCGGACCCUGCCCCAGGGAGCAGGGCACCUGGCCUUCUCCCAGCGGGGACUGCUGGCCGCAGGAAUGGGUGAUGUGGUCAACAUAUGGGCAGGGCAGGGCAAGGCCAGCCCUCCCUCCCUGGAGAAGCCCUAUCUCACCCACCGCCUCUCAGGCCACGUGCAUGGCCUUCAGUUCUGCCCCUUUGAAGACGUGCUGGGGGUGGGGCACAGUGGGGGCAUCACCAGCAUGCUGGUCCCUGGGGCUGCUGAGCCCAACUUCGACGGCCUGGAGAGCAAUCCGUACAGGAGCCGGAAGCAGAGGCAGGAGUGGGAGGUGAAGGCCCUGCUGGAGAAGGUUCCUGCAGAGCUCAUUUGUCUGGACCCCCGAGCCCUGGCAGAGGUGGAUGUCGUCUCUUUGGAGCAGGCGAAGAAGGAACGGAUAGAGAGGCUGGGCUACGACCCAGAGUCCAAGGCUCCCUUCCAGCCAAAGCCAAAGCUGAAGGGCCGAAGCUCGACAGCAAGCCUGGUGAAGAGGAAGCGGAAGGUCAUGGACGAGGAACACCGGGACAAAGUCCGGCAGAGCCUUGAGCAGCAGCCACAGAAGCAAGAGAAGGCAGCCAAGCCCGUGGGGGCCCGGCCGUCUGCCCUGGACAGAUUUGUGCGCUGAGCCAGGCUCCAGGAUGGCCUGGGGACAACACUCUCUCCCCAAGAUCACCUUUGGGGGAAUUCCUGUCCCUGGAAUGAGGCGGGGAGGUGCCCCUUCCCCAACUGGGACUAGACUGCUGGCUCCCGGGUGUGUGUGUGUGGUUAGGCAUUAAAGAAGAAAGUGAAGCUUUUGGA